ACCCUGGAUACGGUUGGAGGAGUCACGAAGCCUAGUACCGAAGGGACUACGACUCUACGCUGUAUUUGUAUCCAUCUUUCCAUGGAAAAUUGUUUUAGAAUGAUUAUUGCUAGUAGCCCGACAAGAAGUUCCAUUCUUUCACUUGGAAUACAAAGAAUGCAUGCCGAUUUCGUUUUCCGGAAAAAGGAUCUUUCGUUUCCUUCCGGUGAGGUCGUUGCCCAUGCAACGGUUCCGUCCUUACAAUCUCAAAUCGAUCGAACCCGUCAUCGAUUUUUGAUCAUGCAACCACUGUAUUGUACUAGUGUACUUCGUGCAUUCUUGCUGCACUCAGCUGCUUUUUCCUGCUUACACGGCCUUGUUCAGACCUGCCACCGCAGGAGUAUGGAUCGAAACUUCCAGGAAUCCCAUUUCUGCCAGUUGUCUAUCGCUGUGGCCUUGGUUUCUGAGUUCUGCAACUUGCAAUCGCUCCGACGCAACCGACUGUUUGAUUCCAUGACACACGUUGUGAAUGGAAGAAAAAGAAUAAUUUGUCGAAUCGAACGAGGGCAAGUUGGGAACAAAAAGUGAGAGCCUGUUUUUCUAAGAUCCAAUCAGCAAAUCGCCUUCCUGCGCCAGCCGUUCAGGAUCUUCUCCGCGGAGCACGGGGAAGACCGUCCGGGGCGAGGCGCUUCGCGUCGCCGGCCACGACCCGAAGAGGGGGCGCCCGAACCGAAACGCAGAUCACGCAAGGAAGGAAGCUCUGGUUCUACCCACCGUGAUUUCCCGAUUUAUCUCGAAAAUCAGGGGCAUCAAGACGACCAUGGAGGUGGACGCGAGAAACAACCCCACCGUGCCGCCCUUUUGUGCCAGCCAGUACGACCAUUCCCUCGAAACCUUAAAGCCCUGCUGAAAGGAGGUCGCGGCGCGGGUGAAAAAUCCCUUAAUG